GUUUUUCACCUCUUCUUUCAAGUUAGUCUGACCUGGGACACCCAGUCAGUGGUCUGCAGCCUGAGGAGGAUCCAGAUCUUCUCUGUUAGAGAUAAAGGGAUGGCAUCUGCUGAUUUGAGGAAAGAGCUGGAAUGUUCCAUCUGUCUGAACAUUUAUACAGAUCCUGUAACCCUGAAAUGUGGGCACAACUUCUGCCGGGACUGUAUUGGCCGUGCGUUGUAUACACAGGAGGAAAUUGGAGGUUAUUCCUGUCCUGAAUGCAGAGAAGAGUUCCAGAAGUGGCCUGCACUGCACAGGAACAUAACACUCCGCAACAUAGUGGAGAAUUUCCGGUCUGCUCAGCAAGACCAGGAAAAGUCCGGAGUCUUCUGUACUUACUGUAUUCACAAACCUGUACCUGCUGCGAAAUCCUGUCUGCAUUGUGAAGCUUCUCUGUGUGACAAUCACCUGAGAGUCCACAGCAAGUCACCAGAACACGUCUUAUGUGACCCCACCACUUCCCUGGAGAACAGGAAAUGCUCCGUCCAUAAGGAACUACUGAAGUAUUACUGCACUGAGGACUCAACCUAUAUCUGUGUGUCCUGCAGGCUGGAUGGAGAACAUCGGGGACACCAGGUGGAGACUCUGGAUGAGGCCUCUGAGAUGAAGAAGAAGAAACUGAGAAAUGUUCUGCAGAAACUGAUGGCCGAGAGAGAGGAGACAGAGAAAAGAGUCCAGAGUCUGCAGGAAUUCAGGUGGAUGGUACAAGAAAAAGCAGAUCAAAAAACGGGGCACGUUAAUGCAUUUUUUAGAGACCUCAGGAGACAUUUGAAAGACCUGGAGAAGAGAGUCCAGAGUGAGAUCUCCGGGAGGGCAGAGCGGGUCUCCCUAUCCAUGUUUUAUAUGAUCCAACAGCUGGAAAUAAAGAAAGAGAAGCUAGCCAGGAAGAUGGGGGACAUUGAGGAGCUGUGUAACAUGACGGAUCCACUGACUGUCCUACAGGAAUCAGACACAGAUGACUUGUAUGAUACUGAGGAUGGAGAUGAGGAGGACAGAGAUACACAUGAUAAACUCCUCCAUGAGGGAGGGGAUCUGGAUGUGGUGGGGAUCUCGCAUAUAUUGCACACAGGUUUAUCUGAUAUCAUGUCUCAGGUAAAUGUACAGGUUGGAGGACCAAAUAUUGGGGCUGUACAGCAGACAUCGGUGGUUACAGACAUAUUACUGGAUGUAAGCACAGCUAGUAGUAAUCUACGUAUAUCAGAUGACAGGAAAACUGUAUCCUGGUCAUCAGAUCAGAAUCGCCCAGAAACGCCAGAGAGAUUUCACCAUUAUCCUCAGGUGAUGAGCAGUCAGAGUUUCUCCUCAGGGAGAUAUUCCUGGGAAGUGGCUGUCGGGUGGGCAGAUCUGUGGAGAGUCGGGAUGUGUUACCCUAGUAUAGACAGGAGAGGAGAGCAGUCUCUGAUUGGAGCCAAUAAAUCCUGGGGUUUGGUAAGAGGAGGUAAUAUGUACUUAGUGAUACAUGAAAAUAAUAGGACCCGAUUACCCGGCACUGUCUCCAGUAACAGAGUCAGGAUGGAUCUGGAUUAUGAGGCCGGGCAGAUGUCCUUUUAUGAAUUGUGUGACCCGAUCCGACACCUCCACACCUUCGCCACCACAUUCACUGAGCCCCUCCAUGUUGGGUUAUGUAUAUGGAGAGGUUGUUUAAAGAUAUCUGGGGGGAAAUGCAUGUGAGAGAUCUGUGCAGAGACUGAUAACACGGGGUGGACAAUAUGAUUGGUGAAUUUCUAAGCCAAAUGGAGAAGUAGUGGACAAGAACCAGCAUAUUGGAUUUAUGUAUAACUCUGCAGGCUCUGGGGCCUUCAUCUUCAUCCUAAGCCUCAGUUCACUAUCUAGUGUGUCACUGACCAGGGUUACUCUUCCAAGUCAAUGCAACAGAAGGUAGUGUAAUGAAUACUGGGACAAUGACCCGGAGCUGCCCCUUACAGUGGCAUCUAUAGC